UUUCCGGUCCACUAGGGGCGCUGUUCAGCUCACAAGCCGCGCGGCCACAGUCCUACCGUGAAGAAGAGCUUUCUACCAUGGAGCGGCGGUAGUAAAAAACAAAAAUCACGGUACCGAUCUACGUCACGCAUCAUGAACCGGCCGAAGCCGACCAGCAUCCGGCGCCCCAGUGGUGCCAAAACCUCAGGUCACCCUCCUCCGGGAGACUUUAUCGCUUUGGGUGCCAAAAGUCAAGCCAGCGAGACCAAGGCAAACCCAGCUUUGCUCAAACCUGCAGCCACAGGUCCUCCAGACCGCAAGAGAGAGGCUUCGUCGUCUUUACCUUCCUCUUCAGGGCUGUCCAACCUGACAAAACGCCCUAAACACCCUCCCAAUCCACCUAGUGCGCUCUCGCGUCUGGCUGAAGUAGCUGCCGUUGACAAAAGAGCGAUUUCACCGUCCAUCAAGGAGCCGUCUGUGCUGCCUAUCGAAGUUCCUCCGGCUAUUUUACUGGACGAGAUCGAGGCAGCCGAGGCCGACGGCAACGACGAGCGGAUUGAAGGGCUGCUCUGUGGUGCGGUCAAACAGCUUAAGAUGAACCGGGCCAAGCCUGACAUCUCUCUCUACCUCAGCCUCAUGUUCCUCGCCAAGAUCAAACCCAACAUAUUUGCAACUGAGGGAGUGAUAGAGGCUUUGUGCAGCCUACUUCGGCGUGAUGCCUCUAUAAACUUCAAGGCCAAGGGGAACAGCCUGGUGUCCGUCCUGGCCUGCAACCUGCUGAUGGCGGCGUACGAAGAGGACGAGAACUGGCCCGAAAUCUUUGUCAAAGUGUAUAUCGAGGACUCCCUCGGUGAGAGAAUCUGGGUGGACAGCUCUCACUGUAAAAUAUUUGUUGACAACAUACAGACUGCAUUCAACACCAAGAUGCCUCCAAAGACCAUGCUGCUGCAGACUGAGACGGGCCGCUCCGGGGGAGAUCUGAGCGCAGGAAACAGUCCUCACCCUUCCACUCCAGAUGAGGAUGACAAUCAGGCAGAGCUCCUGAUCGCCGAGGAAAAGCUCAGUCCCGAAGAAGAAGGGCAGCUCAUGCCCAGGUACGACGAGCUGACAGAUAGUGUCGAGGAUUAUGUCCUGGACGUCCUGAGGGACCAGCUGAACCGCAGACAGCCCAUGGAUAACGUGUCGCGGAACCUUCUGCGCCUGCUAACCGCCACCUGCGGCUACAAGGAGGUGCGAUUGAUGGCUGUGCAGAGGCUGGAGAUGUGGCUGCAGAAUCCAAAGCUGACAAGACCAGCGCAGGACCUCCUGAUGUCUCUGUGCAUGAACUGCAGGACGCAUGGAGCCGACGACAUGGACGUGAUCUCCAACCUCAUCAAAAUCCGUCUCAAGCCGAAAGUCCUCCUGAAUCAUUACAUGCUGUGUGUCCGUGAGCUCCUGAACGCACACAGAGACAACCUGGGCACCAUGAUUAAACUCGUCAUCUUCAACGAGUUGUCCAACGCUAGAAAUCCUAACAACAUGCAAGUGCUUCACACGGUCCUGCAGCACAGUCCAGAGCAAGCGCCGAAGUUCCUAGCUAUGGUCUUUCAGGACCUGCUGACCAACAAGGACGAUUACCUGCGUGCGUCUCGUGCGCUGCUCAGAGAGAUCAUCAAGCAGACCAAGCAUGAGAUCAACUUUCAAUCUUUCUGUCUGGGCCUCAUGCAGGAGAGGAAGGAGGCCUCGUACACGGACAUGGAGUUUAAAGAGCGUUUUGUUAUCCAGGUGACAGACCUGCUAACAGUGUCCAUGAUGCUGGGCAUCACAGCACAAGUCAAAGAAGCUGGCAUCGCUUGGGACAAAGGAGAGAAGAAGAAUCUGGAAGUGCUCAGAUCUUUUCAGAACCAGAUCACUGCCAUCCAGAGGGACGCCGUGUGGUGGCUUCACACCGUGGUUCCUUCGAUCAGCAAACUGGCACCUAAAGACUACAUACACUGCCUCCACAAAGUGCUGUUCACAGAGCAGCCUGAGACAUAUUACAAGUGGGAUAACUGGCCUCCUGAAAGUGACAGAAAUUUUUUCCUGAGGCUGUGUUCAGAGGUUCCCUUGCUGGAGGACACACUGAUGCGCAUCCUGGUGAUCGGUCUGUCCCGGGACCUGCCCUUGGGCCCGGCCGAUGCCAUGGAGCUGGCGGAUCACCUGGUGAAGAGAGCCGCCGGAGUGCAGUCAGACGAUUUGGCUGUGUUGCAAGUUGAGAGGAUUCAGCUGAUCGAUGCUGUCCUGAACCUGUGUACGUACCAUCACCCCGAGAACAUCCAGCUCCCUGCAGGGUAUCAGCCACCGAAUCUUGCCAUAUCAACACUCUAUUGGAAAGCCUGGCUCCUGCUGCUCGUAGUGGCGUCCUUCAACCCACAGAAAAUCGGUCUGGCAGCGUGGGAUGGCUACCCCACUCUAAAAAUGCUCAUGGAGAUGGUCAUGACCAACAACUACUCCUAUCCACCCUGCACGGUGGCCGACGAGGAGACAAAGACGGAGAUGAUUAGCCGCGAGCUCCAGGUCUCCCAGAAGGAGCGUCAGGAGAUCCUGGCCUUUGAGAGCCACCUAGCAGCCGCAUCCACCAAGCUGACCAUCACAGAAAGCAGCAGCCUGCUCCUGUCUCAGCUCACCAGCCUGGAGCCAAAGGGUCCACCACGGAGACCGCCACCUCACAUCCAGGAACAGCUGAAGAGUCUGAACCAGUCACUGCGAUUGGGACAUCUCCUGUGUCGUAGCCGCAACCCAGACUUCCUACUCAACAUCAUCCAGAGACAGGCAUCUUCUCAGUCUAUGCCAUGGCUGGCCGACCUGGUGCAGUCCAGCGAGGGCUCUUUGGACGUCCUGCCUGUUCAGUGCCUGUGUGAAUUCCUCCUUCAUGACGCAGCUGACGAGACUCCAUCUGCUGACGAUGAAGAAGAAGGAGAGAGCAAAGAGCAGAAAGUGAAAAAGCGACAGAGGCAGCAGAAGCAGAGACAGCUCCUAGGACGGCUACAGGAUCUGCUCUUAGGGCCCAAGGCAGAUGAGCAUACGACCUGUGAGGUGCUGGACUACUUCCUGCGCCGACUCAGCUCCUCUCAGGUGGCAUCCAGAGUGCUCGCCAUGAAGGGUCUGUCAUUGGUGCUGUCUGAGGGAGGGAUAAAGGACGGAGAGGAACGAGACCACAUGAUGGAGGAUGACUCCAGGGACGCGGAGCUGCUUCCUUCGUACCAGUGGCUCCUUCAGGACCUGCCCAGACUACCUCUGUUCGACAGCGUCAGGGGUAUGACGGCCAACGCCCUGCAGCAGGCUAUUCACAUGGAGACCGAUCCCCAGGCCAUAAGUGCCUAUCUGAUUUACCUAUCCCAGCAUGCACCAGUAGGAGAUCAGGGCCUGCACAAUGAUCUAGCACUGGACGUAGCCCGGCUGAUUGUAGAGCGCUCCACCAUCAUGAACAGUCUGUUCUCAAAACACUCGUGCAGACCGGAGUCGGACGCCACUCUCACUGCCCUCCUAGCCAUCUUCUCCACCUACAUCUAUCGGAUGAGGAAGACCAAAGAAGGAGAGGAUCUCUAUAGCUGGUCGGAGUCUCAGGAUCAGGUGUUUCUACGCUGGACGACAGGAGAAACGGCUACCAUGCACAUUCUGGUGGUCCAUGCCAUGGUUAUUCUGCUCACAUUAGGACCACCAAAAGUUGAAAGCGAGUUCGUCACUCUGCUUGAAAUAUGGUUCCCUGAUAAAAAACCCCUUCCCACCGCCUUCCUGGUCGACACCUCAGAGGAAGCUCUUCUCCUGCCCGACUGGCUGAAGCUGAGGAUGAUCCGCUCAGAGGUGUCGCGAUUGGUGGAUGCAGCGCUGCAGGACUUAGAACCUCAGCAGCUGCUGCUGUUCGUGCAGUCCUUCGGGAUUCCCGUCUCCAGCAUGAGCAAACUGCUGCAGUACCUGGACCAAGCUGUCUCCCAUGACCCGCAGACGCUGGAGCAGAACAUCAUGGACAAGAACUACAUGGCUCAUCUGGUGGAGGUGCAGCACGAGAGGGGAGCGACCGGCGGACACAUGUUUCACAGCUUACUCAGCGCAUCACUUCCACCGCGCAGAGACAGUGCAGACGGGAGCAGGCUGAAAGUGACGGCGGAGACUCCACACAGCUCGGUGAUGAUGAGGGCCGUGGGUCAGUUACCCGUGAUCAACGCUGAGGACGAUCUCACUGCCAUCCUGCUUCAGCUGUUUCCUGUGAAGCUGGACCCACGCUGGCCCACGCCCCCGUCCCGGGCCCUGACUUUGUCUCUGCAGCAGGCUCUGGCUCAGGAAGUGCUGCGGGCACGACAGAGAAAGGGUCAGCCGGAUGGCACGGCAGCGUGUGUCUUGCAAGCCUUAGCGGCCCUGCUUGUGUCGGCCCACGCUGCACCGCUGGUCGUAGCCAUGCAUCACAGCCAUGCCAUCUCGUGCCCUCUGCUGCGCCAGUUACACCUUUACCAGACUGCGUCCCAGGAUGUGGCGUUCAGUUCGCUGUUUUUUAAGGUGAUGAUGCAGAUGUUAACCUGGUUGGAGAGCUCCGCGCUGGAGACAGGCUCGCUUAGCAACCUGCUGAAGUCGCUGGUCGCGCAAUAUUCUCACAAGCACCGCAUCACUGAUGUACGUACAGGUUUCCUGCACCUGGGAGAGACCCUGGCGUACAGGCGGGACUCGGAGGUGGCCGUGAGGGGCAUCAUCGCGUCGCUGAGAGCCGGAGAGAAAUGCAACGCCGAGCCUGACCUCAUCAGGAAAGUUCUUCAGGGAUUAAUAGAGGUGAAGUCACCGUACCUGGAAGAGCUGCUGUCCUUACUCAUGACUGUUGGCAUGGAGACAGGAGCCCCCGGUAACACAGCUGGCCCUGUUGCCAUGGUGAUCUUGUUGCUGCUACAUGAGACAGAGGAGAGAGGGGUGAAGCUAGAGGCAGAAUCAAAAACCAGCUCUGAGGGGAAGAGAACCAGCUCCAGCUCAGGGCUGUUGGUUGAUUGGCUGGAGCUGCUCGACCCGGAGAUGAACUCUGUGUGCUCGGACCUCCAGCAGAAAUUACUCUUCUCACUGAACAAGGGUAAAGGCUCUGGAGUGUGUGCCGUCCCUUCCUACAGGCCCUACCUGCUGGCUCUGCUCACUCACCAGUCCAACUGGAGCACUCUGCACCAGUGCAUCACCACACUCCUGAACAAGCCCAAAGAACACAGUGUGGACCCGUCCUCGGCUUUGGACUUCCUGUGGGCGUGCAGUCACAUCCCUCGCAUCUGGCAGGGCAGAGACCAGAAAACUCCGCAGAAACGCACAGAGCAGUUUGUCUUGGAGCUGUCGAGCGACCAAUUGAUCAGUCUGGUGGAUCUGAUCCUGUGGGAGUCCGAGCUGAGCUGGCGAGACACGGGUAAAGCCGCCGAAACACUGGACCAGGCCUCCUGUUCCCUCAUCCAGUCCCGCCUCCCUCUGCUGCACGGCUGCUGCCACAGCGACGUUCAGAACGUCCACAGCGUCUGCGAGUACCUUCUCAACUGCAUCAAGAAGUGGGGCGACAGCGUCAUGAGCAGGAGGUGCGAGAACCUGCUGCUGCAGAUUUACCUCCAGUUCCCCGAAGUCAUCCAGCAUGUGCGCCUGCCCAACACAGCCCUGAGAGGAGAGGCCGCCGCCGACGGAAGCACCUGCAAGCUGGACAUCCUGGUGCAUCGUCUCAUCACACUUAUGGCAGACACCAGCGAUUCCAAGUCGUCUGAGAGUCGUGUGUCUGAUGCGACCCUGGCCUGCAGGAGGCUGGCUGUCUCCCACCCUGUACUUCUGCUCAGACACCUGCCUAUGGUUGCUGCUCUCUUGCAUGGCCGGGCCCACCUUAACCUGCAGGAGUUCAGGCAGCAGCACCAUCUGACCUUCUUCAGCGAUGUACUGGCCAUCCUGGAGCUGCUGCAGCCGCGAGUCUUUCACCCGGACCACCAGAGGGCGCUGCAGGACUGCUUGCUGUCCUUUAUUAAAGUCCUACAGAACUUCCGAAGAUUAUCCCGCACGCCGAUCAUCAACAAGUUCGUGCAGUUCAUUCAGAAGUACAUCACUCACGACGCAGCAGCUGCCGUGCCUUAUCUUCAGAAGCACUCGGAUAUUCUACAGGGUCUUGCCUCGGAGAACCCUGACCUGGUGCAGCUGAAGUCCCUGCUCGCCGGUUUGACUCUGCCUGUGAAGACGGGCUCCUCAGACGUCACCGCAGAGGAUAAAGAUGCUGAGGACUCGUCCUCUGGCUCCCUGCCUCUGGUCAGUAUCUCGUCCUCCACGGCGCUCAGCUCAGCAGAUAUGACCAAGUACCUGAAGAAGAUUUCUGGAGGGGAAGCAAUUGAAGAUGUGUUGGAUGUUUUGAUGGAGGUGGACGAGAAGUCGAAGAGAAAUCCGGAAAUAAUCCAGUAUUUUAUCAACGACCUGCAGAGGUUGAUGAGCUCGUCUGAGGAACUCUGUCGCAACAUGGCCUUCAGUCUGGCGCUGCGCUGCAUUCAGAACAAUCCCAGUCUGGCAUCAGACUUCCUGCCCACAUUCAUGUACUGCAUGGGCAGUGGGAACUUUGACGUUAUCCAAACAGCCCUGAGGAACCUUCCAGAGUAUGUGCUUCUCUGCCAAGAGCACGCUGACAUUCUGCUCCAUAAGGCCUUCACAGUGGGGAUCUACAGCCAGAUAGACACCAGCUCCGUGAUCGCCGAGUCCAUGAAAGUUCUGCACAUGGAAGCUACAACAUAGACAACCAGCUUUUCUUUAUUACACUGAACACAUUAGAGUCUAAGAGAGUUAUGGGAUUUUAGUUGCCUUAAUUAUGAAGGCCAUGCUAAGUCAUCUUUUUUUUUUUUUUUUUUUAAACCAGUGUAUUUGAACAUUUCAUUCCAUUAUAUAUUAUAAAAAAUUAUGAAGUUUGUUGCUUUCAUGAUUUCUUUGCUGUCAGCAUUUCUCUGUAGAGUACUUUGAAUAAUAAACAACAACAACAAAAAAAACAGUUCUACU